AUGGUACGGAAGAAGAAGAGCAAGAACCAACAAAAGCAAGCCACGGGAGCGAGAGAAGAGGGCAAUGCUGUCACCAACAGCGCCACCAAAGCCAAAAAUGAGGAGGUUUCGGAAGCCGACGCUGCUGGUGGGGCUAUUCUGACUGGAUCCAAGAGAUCUCCUGCUGCUGCUGCUGCUGAUAUUGAUUCGACAAACAAGAAAGAUGAGCCCAGAUUGACGCGCCAGAAACGGCAAAAAGUACAAAAUCAAACGAAGAACAAGCUUGCCACUACUAAAGACAAUGACACCUCCAUGGAAACACUCGGAGACGAAUUCCGAGAGUUGCUGCAGAGGGAUCCUGUCAGUGACACGGAAUGGCGUCACUUUGGCCGUUUUCUGGUGGCUUCGGGGGAUAGUAUUACGCGCCAAGUGGCGGUCGAUCGAAUACGCCAAUACCUAACGGCCAAGGCAGGCGAUGUCGGUCUGUCCAAGCUAGAUUUGCUCCAGCUCUGGAAGGGACUUUGGGUGCCACUCUACAAGGUCGACCGAUCUGUGCAAGAACACAUUGCCCAGCUGAUGCACGGUCUCGCCGGUCCUCUGGAAGAGGAUCUCAUGGCGGGGCAGAUUUAUUUGGAUAUGGAGAUGGAAGAGCAAAUGGCAUUGGAGGAUUCACAGCUAGAAAUGGAGGAUGGCGACAGUGACGACAACAUCCAAGACACUGAAGAAGAGCAGGACACAACAAUGGACGAGGAAGACGCUGGCACUCAGGAUGAUCAAAACAACAAAAAGCACAUUCGAAGUGCCGCUUUGGUACAAUUGAUGGUCCGUGCCUUCUUUCAAACGGUAGUCGCCGAAUGGGACAAUUUGGACGAGAGCCAGAUCAACAAAUUCUAUACUCUCAUUCGAUGCGUUCUCCGAGAGGUAUACUGGUACUUGGCCACACGACAAUGGAACAUUGGCAUUAUCAAACUCUUGAACGAUGCCAUUGCGGAAGAAGCCUUGAUGAAACAGCCCAAUGGAGUGCGAUUGCAUCUCAUGGAUAUUGCUCUGGAGGAGUUGGCCAAAGUGGGACAACAGCAACAACAACAAAUAGUGGAGGUCAAGCCCAUCACCGAAGUAAUCUUUCUGGAAGUAAUGGAACCCUUCUUCAGUAUGGCGGCACAUGGCUUUGGUGACAAGACUGUCCAGGGACGAGCUGUGGAGAAAGUCUUGAAAAAGUUCUUGAUGGAGCACAGUUUAGUGAGCCACCAAGACGACGACAACAAAUCAACAGAGCUUAUUAUUUUGAAUCAGGUUCAUGUGGGCACGGUUUCCUCGUUUAUCUUUGAAAUGGCCAGUGAUGAAUCAACGCCUCAAGCGAACCGAAAGUGUCUCUAUGACAUUUACAAGACAUAUGAGCGCCAACGAAAGAAAAUGGGAAGCGAUAUGGAGCUCACAUUUGAUGCUGUGAAACCAGGAUUGACGGAGCCGGUUGGCGACGGCGACGAUGGAGAAGAAGAUCCCGGCUUUUCGGAAGAGCAGCUCGUGGAAGAGGACGACGAUGACUUGCAAAAGUUGGGUUUCGUUGAGGAGGAAAGUGACGAUGCAAACGAAGAACCACAACAAUCUGCAAACACAACAACAGAAAAGCCCUCCCAGGCGGCAAACAAGAAGAAGAGGAAGAAGAAGCGCAAGAAGAAGGACAAGAGUGCAAAUAAGGAGGACGGUGACGAGGGCCAAAGCCAAGAUCCUCCCGCAAGCAAACAAGAAGACGAGAAAGUGAGCGCAAAGAAGCGGAAGAAGAAAUCAAAGAAACGAGGUAAGCAUGAAGAAGCUAGCGACCAGGCAAAGGCUACAAAAAUGACAGAACAAGAGGCUGAAACCAACAAUAGUGACAGCGGAGAAGACGCUGGCGGCGGGAAGAAGAGGAAGAAGAUGAAGCGACGUGUGAGCUUUGACCAGCACAACCAAGCAAGAUCGUGGAAGGCAUCGAUGCACGGCUUGCGAAAGCUGGAUCCCUCGGAAGCGAUUUCCAAAUCUCCCGAGAGGAGUAUUCUCUUGAACAAGGGAGCAAAGUCACCUGUGACAAGGCCGGGCAGGAAGGGUAGAAAUAGUAGAAAGAAACCUAGCUACCUCUAG